CUCAAGUUGUAAACAGAAAAUGGUGAAAUUGGAGAAGCCGAAUCUUUGGAUUAAUGACUUUGAUGAUGAUCUCUUUCAACCACGAAGAUGACGGAACACAAACUCUUCUUUCCUGUAAAGGAGGUUACAUAUAAAGAACUAUUUGACUGGGCUGAUCCUGGUCAGAGAUACAAAACAUCUUCAGUGUCAGUACCUCCGAAGAACAGCCUCCUUCAUCAGAACAGUCGCACAGGCAGCUUGGUUGACUGCAAUAAGAUGAAAAUAGCCUUGUUCAGACAUGGAGAGCAGGUGUUUGCUGUUAAUGAAAAAUGUCCUCAUGCAGGAGGUCCCCUACAUUUGGGUGAUAUUGAGGAGAUGCCAGAAGGAGGUUUGUGUGUGCGCUGUCCGUGGCACAGUUGGAGGUUUGACCUCACCACAGGGAAGGUAACAAUGCCUCGAGGGCGAGACUUGUCUACAGCUGUAUACCCAGUAAGGGUUGAUCAAGAUGGGAGAAUUUCGAUAGGAUUUGACAAAUUUGCAGACAGUUAUUUUACUGCUGAAGAUGACUUUUGAUUCUGCAAUUUUUAACUUACUUAGUAGUAUUUAAACUUUUUUUUUCAUUAAUAUUACUGUUUGAAUGGCAAUUUCUUUGUUUUAAAACUGAAUUACUUUAUAUUUUCAUGAUUAAAUUGUUAUAUUUUGAUAUAGAUAGCAACACCUUUACAGUUCUUGUUCAUUAUUUGUUAUG